CCUUGUGAGACAUACAUCUGGCAAAUUGAUAAGCCUUUUUUCUUUAUAAAGAAAGGGCGUCGCCGCUUAGCAAUGAUAGCACAACGACAACCCUUCCUUAUGAGGCUUGUUGGAGAUAACGAAUGCCCUGAGAAGUACCAGCACCGGCGUCUUAAAGGACGAGACGAGUAAUUUGGAAUCGAUGUGUGGCCCUGGGGGCACAUCAGACGAGCCCUCAGGGCCGCCAUCGGUUCCAGUGAACAUUGAGCUCGAGCGCCCCCGCGUCGAGUCUUCUGCUCGACCGCGUACGGCUGCCCGCCCCCCUACAGGGACAGAACGUCCCCGAACUAAGCAUCGUUCUCAAACUUCAUCGGGAGAUACCAGGCCUAAAUCGCAUCGAAGACCGGAAUCAGAGCGAAGACAUCGACCUGAAAGCUCGUCGGCUGGUGGAAGGCGGAGUUCUCAUCAACCUCACAAUAGAGACCGAACCAGACGGGAUAUUCCAACCAUCCAGGAACACGGACACACAGAAGACAAAACAAUAGUUCGACGACUCGGAGAAUUAGGUACACUGAUCGAUCAGCACGUCGUCAAUUUUUACUACCCGCUGCUGGAUUCAGCAAACUCCGGCAUCUCAGAGGAUUUAGACGACCCACGGACAAGGCACCACGCCCUUCGCAGAUUCAUCAUUCAGAGGUUAAUAAAUGAUAUCGUGAUGGUCGGAAGUGACAGCGCGCCAGAUACUACAAAUAUCGCGCACGAUCUAUCAGAGGAUCUCGAAGUAUAUGCAAACUCGGACAACGACAGACUCGACAGUCUCAGAAGCAUAUGCAAACUUGGCAACAAGCUGCGUCGAGAUAUAGAAAACCAUCCUUCGCCCUGGGAAUUCGGCUCGACGGAGGAGGAAGGAUAUAUCGAGGUGGUUCCUGCGCUUCUCAAGGAUGAAAUCCAGGUCGUGGCAGCGCAGAAGUUCAGGAUCUAAAGAGAAGCUCAAACUUUGAGGUUUCUAACAACCAAUACGUUAUAUACUUAGAGGGAGUGCAUUGGGAUAGACAAAAGUAGUUGCGG